UAUUGUGAAGCUCUUUUCAGUAAUAAGUUUACCCUAUCGAUAAGACUUUGACGCACUGCCGAACGUUAUUCGGGUCAGCCGAUGACAGACAGCUAUUGGCAUGAGAAACGGAGUGUGUAUUUUCGGUUUACUGUUUUGUUUCCGGAUCAAACAUUGACUUUAAAUGUCCCUUCUGUAUAGGAUGGUGUGCAAUCAAAGAACUGGGCAUUUAAGUUAAUAGAAAUGCCCCGCUGUGACUUACAACUUCAUUGCAAUUGCCGUGGCGGAAUAAAUAUGGACUUUUACAUAGUUCGUUGACUCGAGAUAAACAGAACAAUUUCGAUUUGUAACUUGAAAGGAUAUUACACCCAUCUCCCGCAUGUGAUAUGCGACCUUAACCAGCUUCCCUAUUGGAACAGGUCAUCGUUGGAUUUCACGGUAAACGCCUAAAUGCUUGCUAGAAAUCCAUGGACAACAGAUUUUAAAACAGCUUGACCAAUUCGUGUGUGUCUGAAAUAUUAAGAAACAGAAGUUUUAAAGAGUGAUUGAUCAAUACAUGCAUGUCUGGAAUCGAAUGUUACAAAGUAAUCUGAACAACUUGACCAAAUCAUCUGUGUCCGAAAUCUAUAAAUAGAAGAGAUUAUGUUAAAACCAAUCGACCAGUUUUUGAUGUGGAAUAACUGACCGUUGGAUAUUCUUCUUUUAAGGACUAGUGUGGAUUUUGUUAUACAUCCAGCCAUAGGUGGCUACAACAUUUCAGUGUUCCAGGUAGUUCUUGAAUGUGUUUAUAUAUAUUUUGUGUAAUUCUAUGUUGAAGAGUAAUAUCCAUCCGAUAAUCGUGUGAAAUUAGUCUUAACAGAGAGAUGUCAUAUCAUCACUAUGCAAAUAUACGCGAAGGAUUUUACUUUAUUUGAAUUUGUUUUGAUAUUUUUUCACGGAUGAGUCGAAAUUUGAUGUACAUAUAAUGAAAUUUGCUAUACUCUAGGUACUACUUGGGCCAAAACUGCCUCAAAACGUUACAGGUGUCAUUGAGUCCCCUACAGUGACAGAGGUAAACUGUUUGGUUGCUGAUGGUCAAACUCUAUUGUGUCUGUGUUGUGUGUGUGUACUUCAUAUGAAGUAUUAGAAUCGUUACUUCAAAGAGGUCGCGUGACAAAAUUAUGUUAAAAUGGCGAAAGGAGGAGGAGAGAAAGCAUAUUUUGUUGGAACGAUAAAAAAGACAAAUGAACCAAGUCGAAGUUUGGCUCGUGAGACAACCAAAGCGUCAAUUACUUACGUCACCGAGCAGACGAUAAAAGCUGGGGAAAGGGAAGAGGAGGGAUCACCUUCCGGCGGUAGUAAAAAAGUACGUUUCAUUGAAACACAAAAUAAUAAAGAACAAGCGUCUAAAUAUCCAGAUAGCACAUCAACAACAUUACAGACAGAAACUACGUCCGGAGCGAAGGGGUCAAAUUCGAGAACUGGUCCGAGAAAUACAGCGAAUGAAACACCGCAAAAGUCUCUUAGGACCGACUCAAGAUUCAGCAAAAAUGGGUCUCCAACAAAAUCCAUAGGAACUCCGUCUCGUGCUAGCUUAGCAUCGAGUAGAUUAAGUUCCAAUGGGACAGCCAAUGCAUCCGGAGGUGUUCCUCAAAGUCCCGGAAGUCAACAAACUGAAACUGGAAGUCAAUUUAAGUUUAAUGCCAGUGCGGAUGUUACUCCGGAUUUGCAUUCUUUAAUUUCUCCACCUGGUAAGACAACCGGAAAUAGUUUACCAUCAGCGGCGUCAAGCAGUAAAAGAAGUGAUGACUUCCGGUUCCAUGCCGGAUAUGAGGACGAUUUCGAAAAAGAGGAUGAAAACCCAAAAGGAGCGAAAGGCGGAAAAUUUGCUGCAACUCCGACUGAACAGAUAACCAGUGGAAGUGCUAAGUCAUCUGUCAAACAUCGUAUCGACUCCACGCCGUCCCUGCCUCCUGCCAAACAAAAUGGACUGGUCACGUCAAAUGACGCUGACCAUAACAGUAAGCCACAGAGUCCAGAAAAGUCGAAGAGGUCAACGGCAGAUGUAAAAACACAAUCUAUACCGAACAUCGGACAGAAAAACACCGAUGACACUCUCGCAACCCGCCAGCCACCUACCUCACCCUCUAAAAGCAAGAGGGAAGACCACCUCCCAUCUUCACCCUCUAAAACAAAACGGGAUGAAAAACCACCUCCCUCACCCUCCAAAGUCAAGAGAGAUGGCAUUCCUCCUUCCUCUCCUUCUAAGGAAACCCAUGCUUCUGUAGAACAAAGCAAGUCUGGCAAACCCACCAGCUCAAAAAGUAAUGCUGCCACGGUGAUAUCCCAGUCAAAUAAAGAGAACACCAAACCACCACAGGAGUCGACACAACCGACGUUGGUAAAGGAAAAUGUUCAAAAACACAAUGGGAAAUUUGUAGCUACUUAUACCCGAACUCGAACAGAAAAAACAACAGACAACCGUAAAACUGAAAAUAACAAGGAAAGAAUGGCUUUUUCACCACAAUCAAGGACAACUGAGGAUACAGCCACGGAUAGUAACGCGACAAAGGACAGUGCGUACCAGUGGCAUGCGCCUGCACGGAAGUACGAAAUACCGCGUAACAAUCGGCCGGUGAAACCUAAGGCAGUGACUAUAAACUCGGACACAGAAUCUUCACGGACUAACGGAAGUAGUGGCAAACCGCCAGUGUUCAAACUUAAGUUACAUAAAAAGCCAAUGUAUUCGAGAGACAAAAAAGCAAAGGAAAAAGAAGUAGUUCUAACUCCAAGAACACAGAAAUCAUCAGUAGACUCUUCUAGGCCAAAGUCGUUUCAUUUAGAAAGGGAUAAAUCUAUUUAUAGAACAAAUACUCAUUUGUGGGAGGAGGAAAGAGGUCAACUUACUUACCAACCAUCAACGAAUACGCAAACGGAUGUUAUGAUGGCCUAUACUGGUGAACCGAACACCAGAGAGGCUUUGAAAAGUGCUUGCAAGCAGGGAAAACCAAAGGAAUUCACUAAAGCAUUUACGGUGUUCGCUGUGAGGUCAAAACAACCGCCGUGGCAUGAGAGUGAAUACGUAUUAAAUCGACGAGAGGCUAAAAUUUACCAAGGCAUCAAACAAGUAUACGACAAACCAACAGGAAAGAAAGCUAGACAGCGAGACUUCAUGAAGAAGCUAGAACAGUUCCAGGUUGCAAUGGCCAAACAUCAGCUUAGCGAGAUGCAACAAAAGGAGACGAAAAAAUAUACGGACAAGGCUAGACAAGCAAAUCAACUAAAGGAAUUACGGCAACGUUUCGAAGACGAGGCUUGGCAUCGUUUCCACACACAAUAUGUAACGUCACGAGUUCUUGAGCACGAAAAAAUGAAUCGCUUCCAGUAUGGUCUUCCGGAGGAACCAGACGGUGAACCGGAGUUCGCAGUGAAACUUAAAAGGAAGAAGAAGAAUCCACAAAGUGUUUUAAAUGGAAAGCAGUUGAGCAGAACUAAUCAAAAGAGAUAUUCUGACAUGUUUGAUGUGAACACUGGGCCGAAUUGGAACACAAACGACAAAGAGCCAAAGAUGGAGGGAAUCGACACUGUCGUAUUAGACGUGAAAGAUGAAGAGGGAAACACAAAGGAGAAGAAAAAAUUCGUAAAGGACGUAAUCCAGGAGGCCCAGAAGGAGCUUCAGAUGGCGCCUGGCAAAGGUAAAAAUACGGGAGUAACACCAAGGAGUCCCGUAGUGGAGGAUGCACCCACCGUUAAAACUAGCCAAAGAGCAAAAACGCCGGACUUUUACGCAGAGGAAAGUGAAAGCGAUGAUGAUGAUGACGAUAUGUCUGACAUCUUCGAGAGAGCGAGGAAGAAGUAUAACUUAGAAGUGGACGAGGAGGCAGAUACUGUUAGUCGUGCUAGUCGCGUGCGGUGAACGGAUGCUUGGACAACUCUGAUACACAUUGAAUAUGUUGGAGACACUUAAAUCACCAAAUAUUCGCGCAUAUUUAUUCUCCUGAUUGCGAUUAAAACGUCCAUAUUUGGGGGCAUUUAAAUUCGCGAAUGGAACAUCAAAAUGGUAUCCCUUAUCUAAAUACCUCGAAAAAUAUGGGAUAUAAUUUAUAGCUCUAUGUGGGUAAAACAUGAAUAUCAUCUAUAGCUGUAAAUGGGAAAAUACACGUGUCAUACCCGUUGUUAAAUGAAGCCAGGAUAGAUACGAUAUUCCUGGGAAAAUAAGCCCGAAAAAACUAUUAAUUUCGUUGUUGAAAUAACAUUUGUCGAAAUAUAAUAUCCCUUGUUUAAAUAAACCUUGAUACAAAGGUUAUUCAUUUUUUGAAAGGAACCUAGAUAAUUACUAUAUCCAUGUUUUCAAUAGCUCUGGAUACUAUGAAACCCUGGUAUCAACAUAAAGUGAGCUUGGAUAAAUAUGAUAAUUAUUGUUUAAGUAUGCAUUGCGAUAUACUUGCCUUUAAUCACAAAUUGAGGCAAAAAUACAUAUUCUCCGAAAUAAAGUGAUUUAUAAGGUAUACUUAAAUGGAAAAGUUCUUUAUUUCGAGGAAAAUAAAUAUUUGAUUUGUUAAUUAGAAUUGUCCAGCUAUUACAAAAAUAUUACAGAAGCAACUUAAACGUGUUUCAAUAAAAAGUCCUUUUACCGAACCGCAUGAUCCAUAUUAUUUCGCAUGAGAAAGUUUUCGUAUAGCACAUGUAAACUGUCGAGUUACUGCCCUUUGAAAGCAUCCCUUGACCAGAAUACCGCGACACUAAUAGGUGAGAAGAUUGUUCUACCAUGUUUGCUGUCACGGGGAAUUUGAGACAUGCUCUGUUUUGUACGGUCCUCAACGUAUUACGAGUAAACAAAACCGUUAUCUGUCCAGUUAUAUAAUUAAAUCAUGUACUACAGUCAAUAUAAUAUCUUUGUAAUUAUAACUCCGUCCAUAUCGUAUAGAUAGUUGUGCAAAGGUGGGAGGGACAUAACUCUUGUGGCCUUGCUUGGUAUACUUAUGAGUUUUCAAAAUGUCUGUGAUAUAAUAUUAACUAGUGCUUCAUUAUGAGAAUGAAAGAGAUUACAAAUGAAUGAGAGAUGUACAUGUAUGUGUGUAAAAGAAACAUUUAGUAUUAUUUAUUUGAAUUUAGGAUAAAAUUUAUUUUGGAAUCGUUCUAUAAAUUUGCACGGUUUUAACGGUCAGUGGUAUUUUCAAAUUUCUACUUCACUUUGCACCUAUGCAUUCCUGCACAAUGAACAUGAAUACGAUUAUUACUUUAUAAAAAUGAGUUCAUGUCCAAUCACCUGUUUAAUUUACGAAUAGCCGAGAUUCUAACCAUUGCUCAAGAUAUGUUUCUUCACACAUUAGACCCUGCCUUUGUGAAACGGUUGGCGACCAAGGUUACAUGUAAUACUCUAAAUCAAUAUUGCUGAGAUGUAAUUUUUGAAAUGUUAAUUUAUUUCACAACACUUUGAAUAAAAUCGACUAAAUGAAAUAAAUAAAAUAGCAAAAGUAUUAAUCAAAAUCACAAUCGGGCAUUUUCGAAGUACCUCAGGUGUAUAACAUAUCGUAAAUGUGUCCUGAUGAAGCCGCACGUUUAAUGAGCAUGCUGUGUAUAUGAUUCACUGUCUUUAAACAAAUAAAGAGGUGUCAAUUUAGUCACAAUCGUGCAGUAUUUGGGCACUAUUAUGUUUAUUUAUUCUGAUUCGAGAGUAUGACGAAAUCCAAAGAAUAAGACUUCUUAGUUCCAUAGACUCUUGCAUGGUUCGAAACAAUAUGUUACACAUCGUUCCCCAAUAAGCGAUCAAUAUUAUGAAGGAAUUGGCCUUUCGGAUAUCUCGGCUAUUUACACGAAAUAUAAAAUGAUGUUAAAGCACUUUACAGCACUCAAAGAUGUUGUUCCCAAUUACCUUUAAAGUUUAAUACUGUAUCCGUUUAUUUACAUAACAAAUAUAAACUGUUUUUAAUUUACCACGAUGGACGGUUCCGUACAUGCCGUGGUCUGAUAAUUGCAUUAAGUUUUAGAAGUUGAUAUUCCGUAAAAUUGUUACUUCUGUAUAUCAUUAAAUUAUCACUGAUCUGAA